AUGCAAAUGGAAACAUGGCGGAAACGAGGGUUUGUCCCAGAUUCAGACGACGAGGACGAACUCGAUAGCCUCGAAACCAAAGAUGAGGUGGUCAACAAUGCCGGGGAUACUGGUGAUGUGAACGAUGCCAGUGAUUCCGAUGUCGAUCUCGAGUAUCUGCCAGAGCCCUUCCAUGAAGUUCAACCGCUUCCGACAUCAACAAAUGCAACCGAGUCACAUGCAUCACUCGGACACCCUAUAGACACGGACAUCGAUGCGAUAACAAUCUCCGACACGGAGACGGUAAAAGCUGGGAAAACGGAGCUAGCGACUAGCCCUACGACCGAAGGAGUCUACACAGGAAAUUUAGAUUCGCAACCCAAGGACUUGGUGGGAAAUCUCAACGAUUGGACAAGGACAAGCAUCCCUUCUUUCGAUAAUCACACAACCAGACCACGCCGGGCAGGACUGAAAAAGUAUGGGAAACGGUUUUCAACUACGAAAUCGACGAAUUUACAUCCUGGCAGUGUGCACGAUGGACACGAUUUAUAUGAUAUUCCUAAUUCGUCACCACCCGUGUCUACACGCAAACCAAGGGACCAUGAUCGCGAGCCGACACCCAAGGCCUCCCCAAGCACAAAUCUUUCUCGACCCUCCGCAGUUGUAUCAACCAAUUCACAGGAGCCAAGCGGUUUUAGUGAAAAUCGAAGCUCAUCACCUGGCGUGCUAAACCUAGAGGCACAACCUGCCGCCGAACUGUCCAGAAUCAAUAAGCUUCAGAAUGAAUCCGCAUUGGAGCAAGAAAACUCUGACACUGAUUCGCCAUUAUCGUCGGCCCCGUCAUCACCGCAAUUGCCUGAUUUCGAGGCAUCACAAGAGCUUGGUACGAUUGAUGUUGGACCUCAACAUGAACCUCUGGAGCGGUUCCCGCCUGAAAUCACCCGGGAGCUUGAAAACCAGAUGGAGGCUCGGCCUGCGCAAAGGCGCUUCCGACAGCGCAAUGCCGCUCAAAUGCACCCUUAUGUCUAUGAACUGGCUAGGUAUAAUGCGCAGCUCAAGGGAGCUGGCUAUAAGUUACAACGAAUGCGCGUUGAAGAGCGGACAAAACGUGCUCAGCAAACCACAGAUCAAACCAACGAGCAUGAUGAGUUUAACCCCGAUUCGAUUCGUUCAAGCCCUCCCCCAGAAGAGUACAUCUCUCCUGCAAGAAGAUCUAAACGCCGUCAAGAUGAAGAAGCAGAAGGGAGCGAACAACAUAGCCACAAAAAACCUCGCACCAUGGCUCCAAAGACUCCUGCACCCAAACGGGGAAAAUCAGCUUCUGGCGCGUCGCACGACGCUGGCAAAGAGGGACGCCAAAUGCUUCAAGUGGUGAUAAGAACACCUUCGACUCCUCGCCCCGAUACAUCAGCGCUCGAUGCAAUCUGGCAAUUUUCAUCAUCAAGCCCAGAACCAGAUGCGGCGGGGGGCUCAGACACCACUCCAAAGCCCCGUUUCCGAUAUCCUCCCGGGUUCGGUUCGUCGCCUAUAGACCCAGACGCAGCUGUCCAAUCGAAACCGGAUACCCCACAAGUCGAUCAACCUGUUGUUCAACCUGUUGUUCAACCUGUUGUUGAAGAAAUUGACUCUGAUACCAGUUUUGAAAACAAUGAGGAUUCGGACUCAUCCCACUCGUCCGGAGAACUGGAUGAAUCCAUCGAAGCUCGUGAGAUGCGAAAGUAUCAACGUAAAACCCGCGGAGUCCUUCCUGCUUCAUAUUUUCGCCUUACACAUAAUGCAUCGACACGAGAAAAGAACAAACAACGCAAUCAACCUCACCAAAAUGCACCUGCCCAUCGAACAGAUGGUAAAGGGGUUGCAAGGAAGAUUGUUCGAAAACAGGGACCGUUUGAGAUAGGAAACUUUCUAAAGGAUUUGGCGGACUCUGAUGAUAGUGACGACGAGACGAGAAAUGAUAAUCUCGAAGCUUUCGAGCAAAAUAACGCCGACAAGGAUAUUGCUCAGGAAUUCACGAAUCCCUUCGGCGGCGAUGAUCAAGAUAUCUUGGAGGGCAACGAGGUCGACUACAUGCUCUCGGCCAUUCCACGCAAUGCCUCAAGCUCAAAUCGCCAAAAAGGACUGAAACGGCCAAAGUCGAAAGAAAAGGUCAACCACAAUGAACGGCAAACAAAGCGAGCUCGUUUAAAAAAGCAAACCAGACUCACUGACGCUUCAUACGGAGGAACCCGUAAGAAAAAAUCAUCCAAAACGUCCGUGCCAAAACCAGCAUCAAAGUCAGCAUCGAGAUCAACAAGAUUGGGCAUCCUUGAUGCACCUGAUGUUGUCUCUCGGCCCCACCAGGAGCAACCCCAAUUCCUCAGGAUUGCCGCGAGGGGUGCUCGCUCACGUCGAGAUGCAGGAAGACAAAGCCCAACUCGCAAGUUUUUCCAGCUAGGCUCAAAAACCGACACGUUGGAUGUGAACCAGUCAUUACAGGAAUGGAAAAAGGGAAAGAUUCGACAGUCCAAGACCCCUCGACCCAAACCUAAGCCUCGCAAGCAGCAACCACUCACAAACUUUUUGACUGGAGUUCAUCGAGCAGUGCCAUCUGUCCCAAGAACCCGGGUUUCAGAUCACACUCCUACCGCACCUCCUGAUAUUGUUAUGUUAGACGAUGAAGAUUCCACCGGCGAACAAAAUGCCUCAGCAGGGAUAACAGCUCCAUGGCCCACACCAUUUGCGCAGGAACGUAAUAAAGCAUCUGUGCAGCCGAAGCAACCAGAGAGGCAAGGAAACCACUGGAUUGUCCGCAGAAAUGUUGUGGUUUCAUCUUUGAGAAGGAACACUCCUCGCCCAGACGCGGCAAGCUUAGUAGAAGCUGAUGGGAGCCAAGCUACAUCUGCAGCAUUAUUCAAUCGAUCAUUGUCCUUGCUCAACCGGGACUAUCGGCAAAAAACCAAGGAUCAGCCCUUCAAAUCCAACCUGCCUCUGAACCGGUACAUUUCUAGUGCUGGAUCUUUGGACAGCCUUUAUAAAACUCGACCAAAGCCAGCGCAAACGACGCAAGUGCAACAGUAUGCCAGCUACCAGCCGACAAUAAUUGAGCAUCAGAAUCACCGCCAUCGCUUAAAGAAGUCUACGCCACGUCGAAUCAAUCUCGAUGCCGAUGAAUUCCGCCAGUUUGAAGAGCCAGCCGAUAAUGUGGAAUUUCUUCCCCUUGCGCCUGCCGCACCAUCACAUCAUUUGUCGUUUGGUGCAGGGGGACUCUUCAACUGGCAAUCGUCAUACUCACCAGAUUUUGGUAUAGGGCCCUUGCCAGCUGGUACAUUCUUCCAUGAAUCUUCCUUCCUAGGAAGUGGUACUUUCUCUCGAUCACUACAGCUCAGAAAGCGAGACCUUGAUUGUGAGACAAAUCCAUCUUCAAUCGCCUUCAAGGACCAGACAUUCCGCUGGGGCGCUUGGAAUGAUGCAGUUGCCUCACAGAUGGGGUUUAUCUUUGACAUGAUGAUUAUUGAGUCCGAGAAAUGUAUUGCCUCCUCCGCAGAAAGGGAUACGGACCUUUCAUUAACCUCUGAAUGUAUCGCAUUUCGGUCGUUGAUCAAAUAUGUGGCCGACAACUUGUCUUUCAUUGAUCCCGUUGAUCGAGAAAGCUUUGUCAAGCGAGCGAUGGGGCUGGUAUCUCGACUCAGGGAAACAAUGGCUGCGUUCGUCUCUACUAGGGAGUGCAGCAAGAGUGGCCUAGUGGCGUUGGGGUCUUACAAUCUUGUAUUUGCAAAUGAAAUACACCAGGUUUCCUCACACCCACUUGUUGGCACCGAUCUUGCCACCGAUACUCUAAAUCUGGUCAAAGCCUGUGCCAAAGAUGCGAUUUCACUGACUUUGAGUGAAACCGGAAUCGCAGAGCUUCGUCGUUUGUUGGAAGAGAUCAAAAGCCUUGACCGGCGGGACAGAGGGAUUUUCGAUGACUUUCCAUCCGCAACUACGUUUGUUGUUACCGUGCAGAUUUUGCGCAGCUCGGAGUCUUUUAAUGGAUUACUUGCUGACCUAGAAACUGAGAUCUAUACCAAUUGCCUUCUUCGGAAUCAAAAAGAUAUCACGAAUCUGGAAUUUGCAUGGUACAGUUUGUUCACGACUUUGCCACUGAACGAGAUCAACGACCAAGGCAUUGCGCGGAGUGAAACCCUGUAUAAGACAAAGAAUGAUAACUGGAGCCUCGUGAAAAAAUUUCUGUCUCCUGCCUUGGAUAGCUGUGAAGCGAGUUCUGCCACCCAGCCCAUAUCUUACAACUCGUACUGUCGCACCGUCUUUCAGCGGUGCCAUCGGCUUAUCAAUUUAUGGGGAUGGAGAGACUGCAAGCCCAUUCUCGACACUCUUUACGAUUUCUUUGCUCGCAAACUUCUGCACAAUUUGAAGCUCGAGGAAAGCCGUACAUCUCCCAGCUUCCUCGAUGACCUCGACAAGAAACCAUCUUUGGACAUUCGAGUAGGAGAGCCAUGCUUCCACACCCUGCUAAAAACCAUUGCAAGUGGCCUUCGCUUCCUGUCUGUGAAGUACGACAAGAAAAAGCUUCGCAAUUUUGCUUGGCGUCUUCUUCCAAACAAUGGUUACGACUACCCCAUGGAUAUGGAACUGCUCGAAGAUGACCUGGCUGCGCUCAGAAAUCAUCAUGAUCUUCUGUGCACACUGUACUGGGCUGUCCCGGAUGGUUGUCGACCUCGGCUGGAGGCAAUCCGCAACCUCGUUCAUCCUGCAACGUCUCACCGAGCAACGUGCAAGAUCAACCUCAAGUCGUGGUUGAGGCUCGUUCGAUUCAAGCUGUCUACGGAUGAGGAUCUGUCAGACCUGGAGUCAUUUGCAGAAUGGAACGACCAUUUCAUAACAGAGCUUGCGCAAAAGCAUUCAGAUGUUCGGAACGAAAUCGAGGCGCAAAAUCAAAAUGACGAGUUCGCUUUGAAACAGGUGGAGAGCAUUAUCUCCAAAAACAAGCGACAGAUCGAGAUAUCGCUGAAUAUGGCUAUCUCGGGGCUACGUUCUGCCGUUGACUUUGCUCCGUCUAUCAAACAUGCGUACAGAUUAAUUUCGAAGACCCCGUUCAAUGUUAUCAUGCACCUAUUUGACGGAAAGCGGGAACGUGUGAACGAUACGGUUGCCGAAGGCCUACAAGUGAUAGCAGCUUAUGUUGAAAAGGAUUAUGUCUCGUCUCUUGCAAUUGGCCCCGUUCCUGCCGCCACGGCUUCAUUUGAGGAUGACAGUCAGGAGUUCGAGGGGUUUGAUGACUGGGAUGAUCUUGGUGCUGUUUUGGUCCCUCAAGAGAAACCGACAGAAGAGAUCAAACAUGUUCAAACGGUCCUUCGUCCGAUUGUUUUCCAAGUUGUUUCCAACUACUUUGGCCAAGAAAGGUCACCCGAGGAUCCGAUUCUUCUGGCCGUUGUCGAUUGCUGGGCCUCAGUUGCUCAUAUGCUUGUUCGUCGUGGGAUGCAACAUUGGGACGAUUAUCUCAGUCCAUUUGGAAGUCAUUCUUGGUCGGAGCUUCGGCAAACAUUGCAGACUCGAAAGUAUACGGCCUAUUUUCUGGCUGUCUGCAUCGAGAAAGACCCACAGAUUCUCAUGGAGAGUCGAAACCUUGUCAUGGAAACAUGGAUCUCGUCCCUGGUCGAGCGCUCGUCAAUCCUCAAAUUCCAACAUCGCCUCACUGCCGCAGUCCUUAAUGGACGUCCCCAGGAUCCUAUGCUUCAAAACCUUCCAUUCACGACAAGUAAGCAAGGUGAGAAGUACAGCAUAACUCUAAACGACGUCGCCCAAAGACGUGUCUCGCUUCUCUCGAGCCUUCUCUCAAAUAUGCGCGAGCAUGUGCUGAAAUUGGAGGAUUCAGAGAGCCAGGACUUGUUUGUCACGAAACGAGAGUACUCAGAACUGCUUCAACGGUUAAUGACCGCCAUGAAAGUCAAUUAUUGCGAACUUGGAAGAGGUGAUGCGGAGUCUGCCCAGGGUGCAUAUGUUGAAUUUGUGCAUCAUAUCAUUCGAUUUCUGCAGGAGCUUACCAGUGACAUCAAACCUGUGGAUCCAUUCUUCACGGAUCCCACUUUGUUCCCGUUGCCAACCACCGACCCGCGGUACAUUGUUGCAAAGUUGAAACGCUACGAACCUAAGCUCUCCUCUCACAAGGAAGUCCAGACUUUGAAUAUUUUCAUUCAAAGUAUUGUUGAGAGGGCAACCGUCGAGCGUCAGCAGAGUCAACUAGUUGACCAGCUGCACGCUGCUAUCAAAAAUACUCAUGAGGCCGGGCGGCCUGACAAACCUACUCUCCGUGCUGUCCUUUUACAGUGUGUGUUCCCAGCAUACAUUGAACUGGCCUUCAGUACUCCUGCCGCUUGGCUUCUGAGUCGCCCUAUCAUAUUGAGUACCUCGCUUUUGUUCCAAGAUUUGCUAUUCAACCUGAAUACCCAUGAUUCGGCAUGUGUGUCUUCUUUGCUGGGAAUAUUUGAUACUGUUUUUCAGGCAUCAUACCGUGCGCUCCGGCCUUUAGCCACAUAUCCACAACGGUUCAAAGACCCUGUCAUCUUGUCUUUGUUUGCAGAAAUCCUUCAGAUGAUUUCCUCUUCGCUUGUUGUGGUUGACUAUAUCGAUCGCGUCGCUGAUGCCGCGAGAGGUCUCAUCUCCUACAUUCUAUGGUUCCGCGAUCUCUCCACGGCAGUAUCAUCGGAAUUGAACAAUUCUGAGCCAGGUACAGCGUCUGACGCAAGUAUCGCUGCCAUUCCAAACCCAAACCAGGUCCUGAGUGACUCUGCUGCUGAAUUGCCGCAACAUCUUGCCACAGGGCGACGUGUUGCUUUCGAGGAUCAUCAGUCUUACCUCAGAAUCUGGACUCUUCAUAAUGGAAAAUACUACUACACUCGUCAGGGCCAUGACUCCAAGGAGGUGCCUUUGGAUCCUGGCGUCUUUGCGACCAUUCAAUUUGAGGCUGCAGCGAAGAGAUUCCAGGACGCAAGCGCCAAGCUUUCAUAUUCGGUGGACCAUUAUGAAUUUUUUCUCGAGUAG